GAUAUUUCUAGUUCGCAAAGAAAGGCUGUAGGUGGCGGUAAUGCACCAGUUUGGAUGCCAGCCGCCUAAAAACAAAAAGAAGAAGAAGAAGAAGCGCGUCGACAUCCGCUUCACGAAACAUCUUCCUGCGCCUCGUGUGGAAGCCUCGAGACAAAGGACACGUCGCUGGCCACCAGAGCCCGGAUGUGCGGACACACGUGUUGAAGUGGACUUUGUAGAAAGUGUAACCUCAGACUCACGAAGCUCGCGUCGCGUGGCAACAGGAAGGAGACGGAGACGGAACUCGGCCACACGGCGCGAGUCGCAGCGACUCUCUGGAGACUAAACGGCGCGUCUCAUCGCCCACGAUGCCCACGUGACCCUGUGCGAGCGACUCUGUGUUGUUCCGCUUCAUCGGAAACGUCCGGAUUGUCUCCUCGUGUCCUGCGGAGCUCAUGACGUCAUCGUGCCAGCAGGAGAUACACGGACCCGAGCGGAGCCGAGCGACGCCGAGCGGAGCCGAGUGAGCGGAGCGUUUUUAACGGAGCUGUCUGGAGGAAACGUUUCUGAGCUCGUGAACAUGUCUAAAGCCCAAAUGCUGAGAGGUUUAGUCAACCGGCGACUCACUGCGGCUGCGCAGGAGAUCUGCGGGCUGUUUGAAGGAACGAUCGCAGAGUACGAGGAGGAACUGUGUAGUUUAAAAGAGGAGAACGAGCGGCACCGGAAGCUGCUGCACGCCGUGUUCAACCCGGAAGUCCGGUUGCAACGAUCAGACGUCCAGCAGCUGUUGGUGGUUAAAGAAGAGGUUCCUUUUGAGCAGCAGGUCUGGAGCUUCUGUCUGGACCAGGUGCAUCCAGAGCCCACGCUAGUUAAAGAGGAACAGGCAGACCAGGAGAACCCUGAGCCCCCCCACAUUAAAGAGGAACAGGAGGACCAAGAGAACUCAGUGCCCCCCCACAUUAAAGAGGAACAGGAGGACCAGGACAACCCUGAGCUCCCCCACAUUAAAGAGGACCAGGAGAACCCAGAGCCCCCCCACAUUAAGGAGGUACAUGAGAAACUCUGGACCAGUCAGGAGGGAGAGCAGCUUCAAGGGCUGGAGGAGGCUGGUCUCAAGUUCUCAUUCACUCCUGUGAAGAGUGAAGCUGAAGAGGAAGCUCAGUCCUCUCAGCUUCAUCAAAGACAAACUGAACCGAUGGAAAUAGAAGCUGAUGGAGAUGAUUGUGGAGGACCAGAACCAGCCAGGAACGCAGAUCCAGAUAGACCUCCAGAUCCUGAUGAAAAGAUUGGAGACUCUUCUGAACCAGAUACUGAUGACUCUGUUGAUUGGAAGAAGACCAGAGAACCUCAAGCAGUCCGGGGUCGGGUCUUGGGGGCAGCAGACCCAGCAGGCUGACCCAGACUUCCCUCUCACCUGCAACAUUUUCCAGCUCUUUCUGGAGGAUCCUGAGGCGUUCCUAGGCCAGCAGCGAGAUGUAAUCCCUCCAGCGUGUCCUGGGUCUUCCCGGGGUCUCCUCCCAGUUGGACGUACUUGGAAAACCUCUAAAGGGAGACGUCCAGGAGGCGUCCGAAUCAGAUGCCCGAACCACCUCAGCUGACUCCUUUCGAUGCGAAGGAGUAGCGGCUCAACGCCAAGCUCCCUCCUGAUGUCCGAGCUCCGAACCCAAUCUCUCAGGCUGAGCCCGGCCACCCUACGGAGGAUAUUCGCGACCUUGAUCUUUUGGUCACGGCCCAAAGUUCGUGACCAUAGUUGAGGAUUGGAACGUAGACCGACCAGCAAAUUGAGAGCGUUGCCUUUCGGCUCAGCUCCUCUUCACCAAGACGGUCCGCUAUAGCGCCUGUUUUACUGCUGCAGCCGCACCGAUCCGCCUGUCGAUCUCUCUCCAUCUUACCCUCACUCGUGAACCAGACCGAGAUACUUGAACUCCUUCGCUUGGGGCACUCUGUCCCACCUGGAGGGAGCAGUCCACCGGUUCCCAGCAGAGCACCAUGGCCUCAGAUGUGGAGGUGCUGACUCUCAUCGCCGCUGCUUGACACUCAGCUGCAAAACGCCCCAGUGGUGAUGUACAAUAUUAUGGAAUUUGAUGAUUAUUGUUAAGGUGAAUCAACUGUUAUAGUUUUAAUAAGCAGUCUCUGUGAUUAUUUUCUGCACAUGUGUUGUGAUGAUAGCUGGUUGUUAUCAUCAGAGCUCAGAUUCAAACCGUCACUGUUUACUCUAAAUGUGGAUUCAGACUUUGACUAAAUUUCUGGCAAUGCCACAUGACAUGA